UUUCUUUACUAUCAAACUAUCAAUUAAAUUCUCUGACUGCGACAUUUUCACACUCCCUACAGUACAUCACCACUCACAGAUGUGAGCCGCUCACUAACCUUUUCAUUGGGUAUAUUCCGUGAGAUUGAACUACAGAGAAUAGCGACAACGUCGAAGCCGCAGCCAUGGAGAACUUUGUCAUUGGCAUCAUUGGCAUGGGGGAUAUGGGGAAGAUGUACGCAAGGCAGCUCAGCGAUGCAGGAUGGAGAGUCAAUGCUUGUGAUAGAGAAGAAAAAUAUCUGGAUCUAGUGGAUGAAUUCUCCAGUAGAAAACAAGUUGGGAUACUACCCAACGGCCACUUGGUCUCGAGAGCGAGCGAUUAUAUCAUUUACAAUGUUGAGGCCGCCUCCAUUGACAAAGUUGUGGCACUGUAUGGGCCAUCAACAAAACAAGGCGCUAUUGUUGGUGGACAGACUUCUUGUAAAUCCCCCGAGAUUGCAGCGUUCGAGGCCCACCUGCCAAAAGACGUUGACAUCGUCUCUUGCCAUUCCUUGCACGGACCCAAUGUUGAUCCCAAGGGCCAGCCGUUGGUCUUGAUAAAACAUCGUGCCUCUCAGGCCAAUUUUGACCGAGUCGAGAAAGUCCUUUCUUGUCUUGGCUCGCAGCAUGUAUAUCUCAGUGCUACAGAGCAUGACCGUAUCACCGCAGACACGCAAGCAGUAACUCAUGCUGCAUUCUUGUCCAUGGGGAAAGCAUGGCAUGCCAACGCCCAGUUUCCAUGGGAAAUUGCGCGUUACGUUGGAGGCAUCGAAAAUGUCAAGAUCAACUUGACCCUCCGUAUAUAUUCGCAAAAAUGGCACGUGUACGCAGGACUGGCAAUACUGAACCCAUAUGCGAAAGAACAAAUACGCCAAUAUUCUCAGUCUGUCACUGACUUGUUCAAGCUGAUGCUGGGAGGGAACAGGGAAGAAUUUGAAAGGCGUAUCAGAGCUGCUGGCGCUGCUGUUUUUGAUGCACAGAAGUCGCAUCAUGGGAUCCUCCUUGAAGACGAAGUCCUUGAUAGGUUCUCACUUGGGAAGAAACCGGACGAACCGACCCCAAAUAACCACCUUAGUCUUCUGGCUAUGGUUGACUGCUGGUCGAGGAUGGGCAUCGUGCCAUACGAUCAUAUGAUCUGUUCGACCCCCCUAUUCCGACUGUGGCUGGGUGUCACCGAAUACCUUUUUCGCCAACCCGCAUUGUUAGAUGAUGUUAUUCGAAUUGCGAUUGAGGACAACACAUUCCGAUCCGACGACCUCGAGUUCACAUUUGCUGCCCGUGGGUGGUCUGACUGUGUGACCUUUGGUGAUUUUGAGUCAUACAAGGAUCGAUUCGAGAGCACUAGGAAAUUCUUCGAACCUAGGUUUGCUGAUGCUACGAAAGUCGGCAACGAAAUGAUGAAGACGAUAUUAAUGAAUACUAUGAGGGAAUGAUCGUAGGAUGGGGUUUAUCAUCUGGUGGGGGGCAGGACCAGAAUGAGGAAUUGGUGGCACUUAACUUAGCGCUUGUCCUAAUGGCUUAUGCACUGUAUGAUUGCCAGUCGUUACUUAGCAUGAAUAAUACUAUAGCAUGCGCAAAUCAUGAAUCAUUUUUGAGCCAGUCAUCUCCCAACUAAAU